CCCAUCUAUAUUUCACUACCCUUUCUGAUAUUGAAUGCUUCCUGCAUAAUACUCCCCGUUAUUUUUCAUUUCUGUUAUCAUAGUUUUCAACGAGUUUCCAAAUAAAAAAAAGUUGGCAUCGAUUGGGGUUUGAAAUGGAUUAUCGCGGUUUGGACACGCAUUGCAAUUCGGAAAAACAAAAAAGUGAUAUUGGUUAUGACAAUCCAUCUCGUUGAAAAUUAAAAAUAUCAAUCAAAUUGAAAUAAUGUCCUAAAAUAUUGAGUUUACACCGUCGUUUAACAUUUAUUAUCAGCUAACUAUCAAGAAUUUGUAAUUUACGACUUCAUUUGCAGAAAAUUUCACCUAUUCAAAUUUCUGAUUUGUUGCCUCUAAUUUAUUUCUUUUCUUGUUCAAACCCAUUUCUUUACUUUGUUUCAACGAUGAUAACAAAAACCAAGUUUUGAUAAAAACCUACAAAAGUUUAUUUAUAUUUCGCAUUUUUUAUCAGACAACCAAUAAUUUCAAAUUAUUCACCUUCCAUUUUUGCUACUAUUUGAUUUGAAACAAAAAAUAUGUAUACACAAAAUUUCACGCCAUCAUUUAUCAGAAGCUACUUGUUUAUAUUUGCAAACAACUGACCAAUUUUUUUCUUGAUAUUACGUAUCAACAUCUUCAAAAGAUUCCAGAAAUAACUUUAUGCUACUCACAAAAAAAUGUAACAUCGCGCAAAAACUAACUACUAUACUCUAAAUUGCCAGGUAAAACAUAAGAAAGUUAAUUUACGUAAUUAUUACCUGAUGGAGUUAGUAAAUUUUUUUCGAGUGAUCACCAUCGUCUUAGUUUCGCUCGGAGAUUUCUCUAGGGGCGACCAAAUUCGACAGUACCCUGGAGUUCUUCCAGAACCAGAGGUAUUUUACUACUUUGAGCAUUUAACUCAGGUGUUGAGAUCCAUGAAUUACUCAGUUACUAUUCCCAAAAGGAACCCUGCAGACCCCAAAACUGACCCUCUAGUUGUGACGUCACAACUGUACAUUGAGAGCAUCCGAGAUAUUCAAUCAGACUGCAUAAUUGACCUGUACAUGCGGGAGACAUGGGAAGAUCCCCGACUGAAGGACUGGCACUCCAACUCGACCGAGUUCGCCAAAAUGUACCCAAAACUGGUGAACGACCAGACCAAAAUACUGUGGAAGCCAGACUCCUACUUCUUCAAGAUCAGAGAGGAAACGGUGCAUUUGACACAGUUUCUGUGGGCUCAUACUAAUGGCACUAUGCUAAGUAGCCGAAUGUUCACAGUAGUUAUUCCCUGUCAUCUGGACGUCCUCCUUUACCCGUUUGAUACUGUGGUCUGCAAAAUGAGCAUCAGUUCCUACACUUACAUCACAGAAGAAAUAAUGUACCGGUGGAAGAAGGAGGAUGGCAUCAUCUUUCCCACCCGCAACCUGGAUGACCUGACGAUGAACUUCCUCUCCAUCGAGCACAAUGAGUCGUUCGUGGGCUACGAGAUGGGCAACUUCUCCACCCUCUUUGUCCACAUCAAGUUCGGAAGGAACAUGUCUUCCUUCUUCGUACAGGUGUUCGCCCCUGCUGCUCUCAUCGUGAUGCUGUCUUGGCUCGGAUUCUAUAUAAACCGCAACUCCACUCCUGCACGCGCUAGCAUUGGAGUUACAACUGUGCUGACGAUGUUGACUCUGGCCUCGCAGACUAACUACAGUCGCAACGAGGUCAUCAUCCAGUCCACCACGGCAUGUGACAUCUACAUCUGGUUCUGUUUCACAUUCGUGAUUGCUGCUAUGAUUGAAUUCGCUUUCGCCGAUUAUUUCAACAAGCCGAGAUUCCGACCAGCUUCGAACAUCCCACCGACUCCUCAAACAUCCCCAAAACCCAGUUCGGAACAUGUUCGAUUCCAGACACCCUUUCGUCGAGGAUCCCACUCACUGUUUCUACCACCCGAAGAGCCCUCGCGACCCAACUCACCGAAUAAGUCGACUGACAAUUCGGAGGGCAACUGCGAAUUCGUCCGUCAACGUCGCGUCAAUGGAACCGAGACUGCUGAGGAGUCAGCUGCGAGGCGACGAGAGUUGUGGUCCCGAGUGGCGACCUACGUGACUGUAGAUACAAGAGGCACUGCCACGAAUGUCGAUGUAGUUUCUCGAGUGUUGUUUCCGAUCGCGUUUUUUAUUUUCAAUACUACUUAUUGGCUCGUGAUUGUUUUGCUGUUCCGACGAGUAGAAUGAACCGAAGUUCGAACUGAAAUUUUAAAAAUGGUUAAUUGUUAAUUAUCGAAAAAAUAAACCAUUAUUCUCAUCAUCUGAUAAGUUGAGGUUGAAACUGUCAAACUCAGUUUGAAAUGGGAAGGGCUCUAACGAUGGUUUAAAUGUUUUUGAAUCGAUACUCUUCUACCUUUUGAAUUCAAAUUUUGCAUUUUU